CUUUUUCGAGAGAGAGAGAUGAUUUUAAUUUAAUGCGCCCAUUAGCUUCGCAUUGCACCUUAUUGCUCGAUUGUAUUUUUCGGAUGGUUCCGAUCAGAUUGACCUUGAACCCCGCCUUGUUAAUACCUUAAGUAGUUAAAAUAUCGUGUCACUUCUACCUACCACCAACCUACAUACCUACCUUACCUACCUAAUCUAGGUAGCUUACCUCCUCCAUCCAGUAUCUUGUCCCGGCAGUGCACCUCACCUACCAUGGCCGGUGGAGAAGAUACGCUGGCGCCUCCAGCAAAGACCAACACACAAGAUCCUGGCGCGCACGAACUAGAGUCCGAAUCCGACGACCACUUCUCAGAUGCACACUCCGCCCCCUCGGAAGCUGGCGAGACCUCUCCCAAGCUCCCGAAGACCAGGGUGGAAAAGGUUGAUAAUGAGCCAUCUUUCGGCGAGGUACCCGGAACUGAGGCAUACCAAAAGCGGGCAAGCGAUGCUGAGCCUGAUGAGAUUGCCGUUGCCCCAGAGUCUUCCAGUGCCGUUGGCGAGCCCGAAGACAGGAAACAGGAUUCAUCCUCAGAGAAGCCGCAGGUGCCGCUGACUGUGGUGGAAGAGACUGUGGACUCGGCCGGAUCUAUAACUCAUUCCGGAACACAUCAUGAGUCGGAUGCUGUUCCCGACAAGGUGGUCAAGGUGGAUGAGGGCAAGUCUGACGAAGACAAAUCUAGUUCCAAGGAUGGGGCCAUAUAUACUCCAGUAGCAACUUCAUUACCAUCGCCCCCAGCAGAACCUGAAGACACUCCACAGAGUCCAUCAAAAGUUGCUGCCAGUGCUUCUCUUGAAGAGUCAGGUAGCGCUACUGCGCCCGAGGAGGAGGAGGAUGAUGAUGAUGAUGAUGAUGGCGACUUCGGGGAUGACUUUGAUGAUUUUGAGGAAGGUGGCGGCGAUGGGGAUGAUGACUUUGGUGAUUUUGACGAUGGUUUCCAAGAACCAGUAGCUCCAGAGGACGCCCCUCCGCCAGUCGCUGCACCCCCGCCGCCAGCUCCAGGUUAUAUCCUCUCCUUUCCCGUUCCUGACUUCGAAGGCCUAGAUGCCGACGCAGUGAUGGCCACCACAGAACCUUAUCUCAACGCUAUAUACCCACCAGACGACGACGACAUAGUCAUCACUCACUCAUACCCAAAAGACAACCCGAUAUUCCAAACCCCGCGGAGUGCAUCUUUAUGGGCGCAGCUAGUUGCACCCCCUCCACUCCAGCCGCCGGACUGGAUCCGCUCCCGCAUCCGCCGCCUCUUCCUUGUGUCUCUAGGCGUACCUGUGGACCUCGAUGAGAUCCUGCCAGCUUCCAAGCAAAAGAAGCUGGUUCUACCAUCUCUCAACCGCGCCGGGUCCCCCCGCACAUCCACGGACUCGCGAAACAUCACCAGGCUCAAACAGGAGGCCGGCGCCUCGACAACGAGCCUCGAUUCGCAAGGCAUCAAGAAGCCUCGUCCCAGCGGCGAUGCAACCGGCGCGUCCUCCUCGACCGCACGCAAGAAAAACGAGCCCGUCGAGCCCGAGCUUGACCUAGUUUCUGCCAAGCAACUCUGCAUGACCACCGACGAAGCUCUCGACGGCAUGACGGAUGGUGAGCUGAAAGAGCAUGUUGCCAAGCUCCAGGCCAUCGAGGGCGCCGCAAAAGAAUUACUGGAGUAUUGGCAGAAGCGCACAGACGAGAAAAUUGGCGACCGAGAGGCAUUUGAGGGUGUCAUUGAAAGUUUAGUGAAGCACGCAAGAAAAGUCAGAAAGUAGAGGAAGAAAAGGGGCGACCAAGGUCCCCAACCUCCGCAAGGUGAUGAUAAUAAUAAAUAAAGAGAAAUCUCUGGUUGAAUCUCGACUUUUUAUAGACCUGAU